UUUAUGAACAGCAACAUAAUUGACAGCUAGACAGAUAGGUUUCCGUCAUGCAUUAUUUUCUUGAAAAUUAAAAUCUUUUAAUCGUGGCUCAUUACAAAACUUGUUUGUUUGUUGGUGUUUUGACGAUGCAAGAAGUGUAGUUGACUUCUUGCUUGCCACGUGUAUGGUGGAACUGCGUGAGAAGUAUGAAAUAUGUCGUCGCAUUGUGGUUCCAUAUACAACAGAACAAAACGAAAGUGACUAGUUGACCGUGUUAUUUAGUGAUUAUUUGGUUAGAUUAUCGCAUUUAGUUUUUAAAAUGGCGCAGACUGUGCGACGCGCCAUCGAAGGGAGGUAUCCCUCGUGUUAUAUACCUAGUAGAAUAAAGGAAAGAAGAGCCAAGGCGAGAGCCCUGAGACUGGAACAACAACGUAAGCCAGACAAGCCGGAGGACUUCGUGUGUUACUCGGACAGUGAUUCUGAAGAGGAGACUCCCGCCCAGCAGCACAGGAUUCUGUCCACGUCAUACAACUUCGUGGACUAUGUUCGGUCACGGGAGAUACAGGCGCCCGAGCCUCGCACUGUUGAACCGUCGUACGCCACCCGCCACAUGCUCACACACGACAUGUUCCGCGAGACGCCCGUCAACCUCGGCAACAUGAACAAGGUGUUCUGUUCACAGUGGCUCUCCGACAGGCAGGUCGUGUUCGGCACCAAGUGUAACAAGCUGAUGGUGUAUGACGUCCGCUCGCGGUCCCUGGACGCGAUCCCCACUCUGAGGCCGAGGGCUCCCUGGCCGGGGGCGGAGCACCAGACAGGCAUACACGCGCUCCAGAUCAACCCCUCCCGUACUCUGCUAGCGACGGGAGCCCGGAACUCGUGCGAGCUGGCCAUCUACAGCCUGCCGACCCUCGACCCCGUGUGUGUAGGGGAAGCUCACAAAGACUGGAUCCUGGACAUGUGUUGGCUGGACGACGAGUUCCUGGUGACGGGUUCCCGGGACUCGCGCCUGGCUCUGUGGCGCGCACCGCCCAGCCCGCUCGCCCGCCCAGGGCCCGCCGCCCAUCAACACUACGUAGCGCCGGUCGCCGUCAGAGAGUGCCGCGCUGGUCAGAAGGUCCGCGCGUUGACCUUCAACGCCAAGUGGCGUGAGAUCGCCGCCCUCACCCUGAACGGCUACAUCCACGUGUUCAGCGCGCACUCCUUCCGGCAGACGCUCUCACGGAAACUGCCCUCGUGCCAGGACCUGGUGUGUCUCGCUACACAGGAAAGCGGCAUCUACGCGAUCGGCUGCAAGUCCUACACCCUGCUGCUAGACUGCCGCACGCUGCAGUCCGUCAAGAAGAUAACCUCGAGGUACAACGGCUGCGGCAUCCGCUCCGCGAGCUUCAGGGGCGAUAUGCUCACUAUAGGAACAGGCCUCGGUCUUCUGAUGUUCUACGACCUGCGAGCCGGGAAAUAUCUGGAAAGCAACAUUCACUCGUCGAAAAUCGUCACCCUCAAAGCGUCCAGGGGCUACGUGUUCCCGGACGAGGAAGCGGAUGGUUUCAACCAAGGCAAGUACGUGCCAGCGAUAUACACUCACUGCUACGACGACUCGGGCACGCGCAUCUUCACGGCGGGCGGGCCGCUGCCGGCGCCGCUCGUCGGGAACUACGCCGGCCUCUGGCAGUAGGAACAAUACGUCACCUUCAGGAGACGGGAGAUUGAAGAAAUAAAGGCGCACACACACACACACGCUAUCCCGUACACACAGGAAGGGAUCUCAUUUAUCACAUUAAUCUGUUUCGUGUGGAAAAAAACAAUGCAAUGUUUAUUUUUACAGAAAAUCCCUGAUGUUUUUCAUUUGGUCAUAUAUAAUUUGUAGUGAUGGUCACACACACCCCCACACCCACACACAUCCACACACCCCCACACACACACACACCCACACACACAUUGUAUAUCUACGUUAAGUACGUCAUGUCGCGAGUGAUUACGUAUGAAGUGCCGAAUUACCUCACUAUAAUUCGAAGCGUAGUUUCUAGAGUUAACGUUAAAGGUGCGUCUGCACUGAAGUUUGGAAAAUCUAAAGCCGGUGUAGACGCAGCCUUAUUAGGUUUAUGUAGGAUAAUAUUUUUCUAGGAUUUUCGUUUUAUAUAUAUUUCUUUAUUUUUUUGGGUCUCAAUGUAAGUAGUGUUCGCCUUCGAAACUUGUAUAUCUGUAAGUUUAUGUAAAUAUAAAAAAAAUAUAUACUGUAACCGUUUUGUUUCGUGUAGAAGUAAUUAAAAAAAAAAAACGCUCUGUACAUUGCCUUAUUUAAGAAACGAGUUUAGAAUUGACGUUGAAAGUAUUGUGUUUGUACGAGAAGGAGUUUCUUACCAACUGAAAAAUAUAAAAUAAAGAUUUUAAUAAGCCGA